AUGAAACUGUUCCGAAGUGGCAGCAGUGCCUUGCUGUUCGUGCUGAUCGUGGGCCUGGUGUGGAGCGAACAGCUCGAACAGGACGAUGAGACGAACGAUCUGGAAACGGCCGAAUCGGCGUUCCUUGACCCGAAAACUGUCCUGCUAGCUGGUGUCGCUGGUCUGGCCGGAAUCGGUGCCCUGGUGGUGAAGGGUGUCGGUCUCGGGAAGCUGUUCCUGCUGGCCAAGGCCGGCUCAAGCUUCGCGGGCGGUGGCUCCCACAGCUCCGAGGAAUGGGACAGCUCGUCGCACACGUCGUCGUACCCGGCGUACAAGUCGUACCCGGGGAGCUACUCGUCGCCCGACAAGACCAAAUCCGCGUCGUACUCGGGCACGGUGAAAGUGUCCGGAUCGCUAUCGCCGGUGAGUUCUCCAACCUCCACCCCAGCACCAACUACCUCCCAGUCACCACCCGCGUCCUCCCUUUCGCUAUCAUCCGCACCACCUUCACCAACACCAUCAUCAUCAACAUCACAGAGCUCUGCCAGCACUUCCGGGGCCACCACUGCCAAAGCGGGGGGCGGCCUCUCGCUCGACGACGGCGAUGAUCCACUGCCUGAAAAAUGA